UUCAACCAUGGAGUCGACCACGCUGUUUCAUAAUAUGAAAAAUUUUGUAACCGAUCUGGCUUUGUCGCGUCUUGCACGUACGGUACGGGUACAGCUGUACAACAGGAGCAGAUCUGUAAUUAAGAUACACGCGCACACCGCGAGGUGGAUAGUGGUCAAGUGCUCAUCUAGACAGAAACAUGGCAAUCAGUCAGGGUUCCCUUGUGCUGCUGCUAGCACUGACUGGGUUCAUAGUUUGCACGGGUUUCAGCAUAAACAAACAUGACAAGGGGGAAAGUGGCCCUCCUUUCUUCUGUCAUGAGCUUGAGUGCCCCAAGUUCAAAGAGGAUUACAACUCAUCGGACUAUCAAAUCCGAAGAUAUGAAACCUCCAAGUGGGUCAGCACCACCAUUACUGGCAUCGAUUAUCAAGCUGCCUCUGAAGAGGCCUUCCUGAGACUUUAUGAAUACAUCCAAGGACAAAAUGACCAAAAGGUCAAGAUACCGAUGACCGUGCCGGUGAUCAACAGUGUCCAGCCUGGUCUGGGGCCCGUCUGUGCCAGUAACUUUACCUUCUCCUUCUUCGUCCCCUUCGAGUUCCAGAGCAACACCCCAAAGCCGACUAAUCCGGAACUCUUUCUGACCACCCUUGACCAGCACAAGGCUUACGUCCGGGUUUACUCCGGUUUCACAAACGAGAAAGUCUUCCCCAAGGAGGCAGCCGCCCUCGCUGCCGCGUUGAACUCAACCCAGACGUACGACAAGUCGUACUACUACUUGGCUGGAUACGACAGUCCGUUCGUUGUCCACAACAGGCACAAUGAGAUCUGGUUCAUUGCAACAGAAAAAUAAAAAGCAAGGCGUUGCUACAACUCAACCAUUUUGAUCCAGUACAGUAGACCUAAGGCACCCUGUUGGCCAGUCAAAAACUUCAGUUUGUAUCACAUGACCAGCUGACAGUUUGCUUUUUUCUAAGUUUCUGCUAGAGCAUUUGAGCUUGAAAUCUAUGAAAAUAAUGCCUGUGGACGACACUUAUAGUUGAACACAUCAUCAAGAAUAGGAAGGCUUAUCACUCGUGGUAAUUAUUUUUUCUGUUUAGAAUUUCUUGGACUGUUUUGCCCGUAAUGCUGUUCAUGGAGGGGGCUUGCUUGCCAGGUUAUCAACGUGGAAUUUCCGAGUUAUUUGAAUUGUGCAAGGGGCCUUGUCUUGCUACCAACAAUUACACGUACAUGUAUAUUGUAAGGUUCUGUACUCAGAAUACCUCCUCUGUGAUCCGACACAUACUUGCAAGUUGUAGAUGGUUUAAAGUGGGAGGCCAUUGGCUAUCUGUUCUUGGUAAUUUCCGUUAUUGUCACGUAUGAAAGUACAUGUAAUGAUUAAGUGGAAUGGUUUGGCUAUCAGCAAACCAAACGAAAGUGCUCAAUCUCUUGGAUGGCACUACUAAUGUAAAUUCUACCCGUUCAAUUCACAUAUCAUCUCAAAAUGCACAUGCAGAUACUUAGCCAUACCAAUAUUUAGGGGAAAAUCAGAAUUAGAUCAAGUUUUUAUACAGUUAAAACUUCAAUAAUUACUAGCCAUGUAAUCUUCACUUUUAUACUGAUGAUUUUUUUGUAUCUUUUUUCUUGAAAUGAUCAUGCUAAAAAGAUGCCAAGACAUUCUGACAGUUAUCAAUUUGGAUUCAAAACUGAUUAGUAGAGUAUUGUCAAGUAAUUGUCAAGUUUUUGUUAUCACAUACCUUUUUUUGGAACUUAGAUAUUUGUGAAGUUCACUGUGUUGAAAUUGCGUGAAAGUCCUUUGCACCUGUUAUCUCAGUGCUGUUAAAGUUCAAUUUUCGCUGCUGCUGAUGAGAAAUAGUAUGAAUAUCCAACUACAUAAAAUGCAUUUUCUUAAUAGCAUUGCUUGAUGUUAUUGGAUAGUCAGCAACAUUUCUGAAAUACUUGUCAUAGCCUUUUUCAGAUGGCAGAUUUUUUUUUUAUUUUGCAGAAUGGAAAAAUGUGUAUAUUUUGAAUGGAAGUUUAUUAAGAGUAGGAUCAUUUUGCAGAACGCUUUGUUGAAAGAUUAGAUAAUUUACCAUUUUUUGAUGUGGCACUUCAAGCAGUAAUUGACGAGGUAAUGGUUGUGUUAGUGAUAUUAAACGAGAUAAUGGUGUAAUUUAA